UGUGUGGCCUGUGAUUGGUCAGCUGGUCAGAGCCUGAGACGUCUGUUCUCCGUUCCCCUCACAUACUCGGCAUGGCUCCGUUCCUCCCGUUGCUGCUGACCGUGCUCACCCAGCUAUGUACCGGACAGCCGGGCCCCCCAGACUCUCCGGGCAGAAUAGCUGUAGUUGGUGCUGGAAUCGGGGGCUCAGCGGUUACAUAUUUUCUUCACCAGCAGUUUGGACCCCAAGUGCAGAUUGAUGUCUAUGAAGCCGACCGUGUUGGUGGGCGAUUGGCCACCCUGACUGUGAAUAGCCAGCAGUAUGAGUGUGGCAGCCCAUUCAUUCACUCACUAAACCUACACAUACAAGACUUUGUCAAUCUUUUGGGGUUAAAGCAUCGUAAAGAGGUGGCGGGGAAAAGUGCUAUUUUCAAUGGUGAGAAUUUGGUUCUGGAGGAGACGGACUGGUAUCUCUUGAAUCUUUUCCGGCUCUGGUGGCACUAUGGAAUCAGUUUCUUGCGACUUCAGAUGUGGGUGGAAGAAGUGAUGGAAAAAUUUAUGAGAGUAUAUAAAUAUCAAGCCCACGAAUACGCCUUCUCAACCAUAGAAGGGCUCCUUCGUUCACUGGGAGGGGAUCUCUUUGUAAAUAUGACACACAAGUCGGUUGGGGAAUCUCUGCAAGGUAUUGGAGUGUCCCAACGAUUCAUUGAUGAUGUGAUCAGCGCUGUAAUGAAAGCCAGCUAUGGACAGUCUGUGUCUAUUCCUGCACUAGCCGGUGCCAUGUCUUUGGCAGGUGCUCAGGGAAAUAUGUGGUCUGUAGAAGGUGGUAAUAGGCUGAUCUGUUCCAGUUUGCUGAAGCUAACAAAAGCUAACGUGAUCCACGCAAGGGUGACGGCAGUGUCUCUGCACAACACAGAAAAGAAGCGCUUGUAUGAAGUGCAGUAUGAGCAGGAGGGAACUCUUGGUUCAGAUUACUAUGACUUGGUGAUUUUGGCUGUCCCUUUGCAUAAAGCCGGAUACCCCAUCUCAUUUCUGAACCUCCAGCCUUCUUUUCCUGAGCCUAUGGGUUCUUACCAUCGGGUUGUUUCUUCAAUUGUCCAUGGCUACCUCAAUUCCUCCUACUUUGGUUUUGUAGAUCCCAAACUUUUUCCUUUUGCAAGUAUCCUCUCUAUCGACACGCCAGAUGCUAUAUUCCAUAGCCUGGAAAGUCUAUGUCCGGUCAACGUUUCGGUCGGCUUCCGCCGCAAGCCUCCUCAGGAAGCUGCAGUGUGGCGAGUGCUAUCUCAAAGGCCUCUGGACAGAAAGGAACUGAAGACCCUGUUUAAGUCUUACUACUCAGUGCAAGUAAUCGAGUGGCAAGCCUUUCCGAGCUAUGCGACCGCUGGUCCCUCUAGACCAUUGCCCCCCAUCAUUCUUCAUGAUGGUCUCUAUUACCUUAAUGGUGCAGAGUGGGCUGCUAGUUCUAUGGAGAUGAGCGCAGUCGCCGCAAAAAAUGUCGCUCUUCUGGCUUUUAAUCGUUGGUUUGAACUCAAUGAGAAAGUCGACCAGCAAGACCUAAUGCACAAACUGAAGACUGAACUUUAAGGCGGUUGUCACCCCGCAGAAGUACUUGACUAUUUAUCAUGGCGUCAUGCAUUUAACACUGUACAUCCUGGUACAGCGUAUCUUCAGCUCUGCAGAUGGAUCUCCUGUGCUGGACAGCUUUAUUAUCAGAUCUGGGGUUAGGAUAUGAUAUUUUAUUUAAAAUCUGCUUGGAAUAACUGGAACUUAUUCAUUUUUAUUGUUACUGAGGAUUGCAUCGAUCAUGGAAUGAGCAAAUUGUGAUCUGUGCCCCUUUUUUGCUUAACAUUUUUCAUUAUGACUGUUUUUACAGUAUCAACAUUGGACUACAGCACUACAAUGUAAAACUGGAUGGACCUGGUAAUAGUGGGGUGUUAAAAGCCACAUUAAACUGCAUGGUCAAAGCAGAACAUCUAACAGGGCACUUACUGUGGAUUUUACCUUCAAAUUAUUAUGGCCUUAGAGCCAGGAGCCAAUUUUAGGAGAACUUUGCUCUGUUAUUGUAGAUGGGAUAUGAAACUGCAUAAAGGAUUAAUUCAAGUUUGAUACACACUCUUUCAUUUAGGGAUGAGAAUAUGGGUCAUGAAAGGUUUACAUGCUUUCUAGCGGUGAUAUUUAAAAAAAAAAAAAAAAAAAUUACACAAUCUCAUUCACUUUAUUUUUUUUUUA